CACAGGCCCAGCAUGUCGGGGCUGCACCUGACGAAGAGGAGCCGCAGGAAGAUAGACCUGCAGCGGGAUUUUUCUGUUGCCUCCCCAGCCGAGUUCGUCACCCGCUUUGGGGGCAACCGUGUCAUCGAGAAGGUCCUCAUUGCCAACAAUGGCAUCGCUGCUGUGAAGUGCAUGCGCUCCAUCCGCCGCUGGGCCUACGAGAUGUUCCGCAACGAGCGCGCCAUUCGCUUCGUGGUCAUGGUCACCCCCGAGGACCUCAAGGCUAACGCAGAAUAUAUCAAGAUGGCAGAUCACUAUGUGCCAGUUCCUGGAGGGACGAACAACAACAACUACGCCAACGUGGAGCUGAUUGUGGACAUUUCCAAACGGAUCCCAGUCCAGGCGGUGUGGGCUGGCUGGGGACAUGCCUCAGAGAACCACAAGCUGCCAGAGCUGCUGCAGAAAAACGGGAUAGCUUUCCUAGGUCCCCCCAGUGAUGCCAUGUGGGCACUGGGGGACAAAGUUGCCUCCACCAUCGUGGCUCAGACCCUGGAGAUCCCCACACUGCCGUGGAGUGGGAGUGGUCUGGUGGCUCAGUGGUCUGAGGAGGACCAGAAUCAGCAGCAGACCAUCAGCAUCCCCCUGGAGACGUACGCACAGGGCUGUGUGAAGGACGUGGAGGAAGGCCUGGAGGUGGCCACGAGGAUCGGCUACCCCCUGAUGAUCAAGGCAGCAGAAGGCGGCGGGGGCAAAGGCAUCCGGAAAGUGGAGGCAGCAGAGGAAUUCAGUGCCAGUUUCCGGCAGGUGCAGGCGGAGGCGCCCGGAUCCCCCAUUUUCCUGAUGCAGGUGGCGCAGCACGCUCGGCACCUGGAAGUGCAGGUCCUGGCAGAUGAGUACGGCAACGCCAUCUCCCUCUUCAGCCGGGACUGCUCCAUCCAGCGCCGCCACCAGAAGAUCAUUGAGGAGGCACCAGCCACCAUCGCUGCCCCCGCUGUCACCGAGAUGAUGGAGAAGUGCGCUGUCCGCCUGGCGCAGAUUGUUGGCUACGUCAGUGCGGGCACCGUGGAGUAUCUGUACGAGGAGGACGGGAGCUUCCACUUCCUGGAGCUGAACCCCCGGCUGCAGGUGGAGCACCCGUGCACGGAGAUGGUGGCGGACGUGAACCUCCCGGCUGCCCAGCUGCAGAUUGCAAUGGGCAUCCCCUUGCACAGGAUAAAAGACAUCCGGGUGCUGUAUGGGGAGAGCCCCUGGGGGGACACCCCCAUCUCCUUCCACAGCCCCUCCAACCCCCCCGUGCCCAGGGGCCACGUCAUUGCUGCCCGGAUCACCAGCGAGAACCCCGAGGAGGGUUUCAAGCCCAGCUCGGGGACAGUGCAGGAGCUGAACUUCCGCAGCAGCAAGAACGUCUGGGGGUAUUUCAGCGUGGCAGCAGCUGGGGGGCUGCACGAGUUUGCUGAUUCCCAGUUUGGACACUGCUUCUCAUGGGGAGAGAACCGGGAGGAGGCCACCUCGAACAUGGUGGUGGCCCUGAAGGAGCUGUCUAUCCGUGGAGAUUUCCGCACCACGGUGGAGUACCUGAUCAAGCUGCUGGAGACAGAGAGCUUCCAGAACAAUGAGAUCCACACGUGCUGGCUGGACCACCUGAUUGCUGAGAAAGUGCAGGCCGAGAAGCCAGACACGAUGCUGGGGGUUGUCUGUGGUGCCCUGCAUGUGGCAGAUGCUGCUUUCAGAACAAGCAUGAGUGACUUCCUGCACACGCUGGAGAGGGGCCAGGUGCUGCCAGCAGCCUCUUUGCUGAACAUUGUCGAUGUGGAGCUCCUCUAUGAGGGUGUGAAGUACAUUCUGCAGGUGGCCCGCCAGUCACUGACCACCUACGUGGUCAUCAUGAACCGCACGCACAUCGAGAUCGACGUGCACCGCCUCAACGACGGGGGGCUGCUGCUCUCCUACGAUGGCUGCAGCUACACCACCUACAUGAAAGAGGAGAUUGACAGGUACCGGAUCACCAUCGGCAACAAAACUUGCACCUUCGAGAAGGAGAAGGACCCGACGGUGCUGCGCUCACCCUGCGCGGGGAAGCUGCUGCAGUACAUGGUGGAGGACGGUGGCCACGUGGACGAGGGGAAGGUUUAUGCAGAGAUUGAGGUGAUGAAGAUCAUCAUGACGCUGACGGUGGAGGAGGCGGGGAAGCUGAACUACGUCAAGCGGCCGGGAACGCUGCUGGAGGCUGGCUGCGUCAUCGCCCGCCUCCAGCUCGAUGAUCCCUCCAAAGUGAAGCCUGCACAGCCAUUCACAGGAUUGCUCCCAGCCCAGCAGACCCUCCCCAUCACUGGUGAGAAGCAGCACCAGGUUCUGCGCAACGUUCUGGACAACCUGACCAACGUCAUGAACGGCUACUGCCUGCCCGAGCCCUACUUCAAGACCAAGGUGAAGGAGUGGGUGGCACAGCUGAUGAAGACCCUGCGGGACCCUGCCCUGCCCCUGCUGGAGCUGCAGGAGAUCAUGACGAGCAUUUCGGGACGGAUCCCGCUGGCUGUGGAGAAGGCCAUCCGGAAGGUGAUGGCGCAGUACGCCAGCAACAUCACCUCCGUGCUCUGCCGCUUCCCCAGCCAGCAGAUCGCCAGCGUGCUGGACACCCAUGCAGCCACGCUGCAGAGAAAGGCUGAGCGGGAGGUCUUCUUCAUGAACACCCAGAGCCUGGUGCAGCUGGUGCAGAGGUACCGCAGCGGCAUCCGGGGCUACAUGAAGGCAGUGGUGCUGGACCUGCUCAGGCGCUACCUGCAAGUGGAGACACAGUUCCAGCAUGCUCACUAUGACAAGUGUGUCAUCAGCCUGCGGGAGCAGUGCAAACCCAACAUGACCCCCGUGCUGGAGAGCAUCUUCUCCCAUGCCCAGGUGGCCAAGAAGAACCAGCUGGUGAUCAUGUUAAUUGACCAGCUGUGUGGCCGUGACCCCACGCUGACAGAUGAGCUGACAACCAUCCUCCAUGAGCUGACACAGCUCAGCAAGACCGAGCACUCCAAAGUGGCUCUGAGAGCCCGGCAGGUGCUCAUUGCCUCUCACAUGCCCUCCUAUGAGCUGCGGCACAACCAGGUUGAGUCCAUCUUCAUCUCUGCUAUCGACAUGUACGGACAUGAGUACUGCCCUGAGAACCUGAAGAAACUGAUCCUGUCAGAAACCUCCAUCUUUGAUGUGCUCCCCGUCUUCUUCUACCACACCAACAGGGUGGUGCGCAUGGCAGCNNNNCAGGUGUACGUGCGGCGGGGGUACAUCGCCUACGAGCUGCACAGCCUGCAGCACCGGCAGCUCUCUGAUGGCACCUGCCUCGUGGAGUUCCAGUUCAUGCUGCCCUCCUCCCACCCCAAUAGGUACAGGGGUCCCUGCCACACACCUGUCUUGCUCCCCUGGACACAAAGCUUUUCUUUUCACAAAGCUUUGGGGUUUGUAUCAUCCCCUCUCACUGAGCUCUUCAUGGACAGCGGCUUCUGCCCCGGGAGCCAGAGGAUGGGAGUCAUGGUGGCUUUCCGCAGAUUUGAGGACUUCAAAAGGAACUUUGAUGAAGUGAUCUGGUGCUUCUCCAACUCGUCGGACAGUGGGCUCCUCAGUGAUGCACAGGCCACCACCUACGAUGAGGAGGACACCAAGAACGUCUGUGAGGAGCCAAUCCACAUCCUCAACAUCGCGCUCUGCUCAGCUGACCACGCGGAAGAUGAGAAGCUGGUGCCCAUCUUCAGAGCCUUUGCCCAGUCCAAGAAAAAGAUCCUCGUUGAACAUGGUCUCCGGAGAAUCACGUUCCUCAUUGCCCAGCAGGUGAGUGCAGCUCAGAUUCUGACAUCUAUAAAUACCUUACAGACACAGCUCUGAAGAGAAUUCCCAAAGUUCUUCACGUUCAGAGCCAGGGAUGAGUUCGCAGAGGAUCGGAUCUACCGGCACCUGGAGCCGGCACUCGCCUUCCAGCUGGAGCUGAGCCGCAUGUGCAACUUCGACCUGACGGCCAUCCCCUGUGCCAACCACAAGAUGCACCUGUACCUGGGGGCUGCCAAGGUCCAGGCGGGCACCGAGGCCACCGACUACCGCUUCUUCAUCCGCGCCAUCGUGCGCCACUCCGACCUCAUCACCAAGGAGGCUUCCUUCGAGUACCUGCAGAACGAGGGUGAGCGGCUGCUCCUGGAGGCCAUGGAUGAGCUGGAGGUGGCUUUCAACAACACCAUUGUUCGCACUGACUGCAACCACAUCUUCCUCAACUUCGUGCCCACCGUCAUCAUGGACCCGUCCAAGAUCGAGGAGUCGGUGCGCUCCAUGGUGAUGCGCUACGGCAGCCGCCUCUGGAAGCUGCGUGUGCUGCAGGCUGAGGUGAAGAUCAACAUCCGCCUGACGCCCACUGCCACCACCGCCAUCCCCAUCCGCCUCUUCCUCACCAACGAGUCCGGAUAUUACCUGGACAUCAGCCUCUACAAGGAAGUGAGGGACCCCGGCACUGGCAGCAUCACGUUCCAGUCAUAUGGGGACAAGCAGGGGCCACAGCAUGGGAUGCUCAUCAACACCCCCUAUGUCACCAAGGACCUGCUUCAGGCCAAGCGCUUCCAGGCACAGUCCUUGGGCACCACCUACGUGUAUGACUUCCCAGAGAUGAUCAGGCAGGCUCUCUUCAAGCUGUGGGGCUCCUCGGACCUGUAUCCCAAGGACAUCAUGACCUACACUGAGCUGGUCCUGGACUCUCAGGGGAACCUCGUGCAGAUGAACAGGGUCCCUGGAGGGAACGAGGUGGGGAUGGUUGCUUUCAAAAUGAAGCUGAGGACCCCUGAGUACCCCAAAGGCCGGGACAUUGUGCUCAUCUGCAAUGACAUCACACACAAGAUUGGCUCCUUUGGGCCUGAAGAGGACCUGGUGUUCCUGAGGGCAUCAGAGCUGGCACGGGCCGAGGGCAUCCCCCGCAUCUACAUCGCUGCCAACAGCGGCGCCCGCAUCGGCUUCGCUGAGGAGAUCAAACACAUGUUCCAGGUGGCCUGGGUGGACCCAGCUGAGCCCUUGAAGGGGUUCAGGUACCUGUACCUGACUCCCCAGGACUACGCGAGGAUCAGUGCCAUGAACUCGGUGCGCUGUGAGCAUGUGGAGGAAGGUGGAGAGUCCAGGUAUGUCCUGCUGGACAUCAUUGGGAUGGACAAUGGAUUUGGGGUGGAAAACCUGAGAGCUGCUGGUACCAUUGCUGGGGAGUCCUCCCGCGCCUAUGAUGAAAUAGUGACCAUCAGCAUGGUGACUUGUCGUGCCAUCGGCAUCGGUGCCUACCUGGUGAGGCUGGGCCAGCGUGUCAUCCAGGUGGAGAACUCCCACAUCAUCCUCACAGGUGUCACAGCUCUCAACAAGGUGCUGGGACGGGAGGUUUACACAUCCAACAACCAGCUGGGAGGAGUGCAGAUCAUGCACAACAACGGUGUUUCUCAUGUCACUGUCCCAGAUGACUUUGAGGGGGUCUACACCAUCCUGCAGUGGCUCUCAUACAUACCCAAGGAUAACCAGAGCCCAGUGCCUGUCACUGCCAUAGUUGACCCUGUUGAAAGAGAAAUUGGUUUUGUCCCUUCCAAAGUCCCCUAUGACCCCAGAUGGAUGCUGGCAGGGAGACCCCAUCCAACUCUCAAAGGGACCUGGCAGAGCGGUUUCUUCGACCAGGGCAGCUUCAUGGAGAUCAUGAAGCCAUGGGCUCAGACCGUGGUGGUUGGCAGAGCAAGGCUGGGAGGUCUCCCCGUGGGUGUCAUCGCUGUUGAGACCCGCACUGUGGAGGUGACAAUACCUGCUGACCCUGCCAACCUGGACUCAGAGGCAAAGAUAAUCCAGCAGGCUGGACAGGUCUGGUUCCCAGACUCUGCUUUUAAAACAGCCCAGGCCAUUCGGGACUUCAACCGGGAGCACCUCCCGCUGAUGAUCUUUGCCAACUGGAGAGGCUUCUCCAGCGGCAUGAAAGACAUGUACGACCAGAUGCUGAAGUUUGGCGCCUUCAUCGUGGACAGCCUGCGGGACUUCAAGCAGCCGGUGCUGGUGUACAUCCCCCCUCACGCCGAGCUGCGCGGCGGCUCCUGGGUGGUCAUCGACUCCACCAUCAACCCCCUGCACGUGGAGCUCUACGCUGACAAGGAGAGCAGGGGAGGCAUUUUGGAGCCUGGAGGAACAGUGGAGAUCAAGUUCAGAAAGAAGGAUCUGGUGAAGACCAUAAGAAGGAUUGAUACAGUUUAUGCCAAGCUUGUUGAACAGAUGGGCUCCCCCGAGCUGUCGGAGGCGCAGCGCAAGCAGCUGGAGCAGCAGCUGAAGGCGCGGGAGGAGCUGCUGCUGCCCGUGUACCACCAGGUGGCCGUGCGCUUCGCAGACCUGCACGACACCCCGGGCCGCAUGCAGGAGAAAGGGGUCAUCACGGACAUCCUGGAGUGGAAGAGCGCCCGCUCCUUCCUCUACUGGCGGCUGCGGCGGCUGCUGCUGGAGGAGAUGGUGAAGGGGGAGGUGCUGAAGGCCAACAGCGAGCUCACCCACAUCCACAUCCAGUCCAUGCUGCGGCGCUGGUUCAUGGAGACGGAAGGAGCUGAGAAGGGCUACCUCUGGGACAACAACCAGGUGGUGGUGGAGUGGCUGGAGAAGCACAUGCAGGAGGAGGAUGGCACCCAGUCAGCCAUCAGGCAGAACAUCAAGUACCUGAAGCGGGAUUACAUCCUCAAGCACAUCCGGAGCUUGCUCCAGGCCAACCCUGAGCUGACCAUGGACUGCAUCGUGCAGAUGGCUCAGCACAUCACCGGCCCACAGAAGGCCAAGGUCGCCCAUCUCCUGUCCAGGGUGGACACUGAUGAUGAUCCCUGCUGAUCUGGACAGUGACCACAGGGUAGGAGAAGCACCAGGACACAGCCAGACCUCACUUGCCCACCUGGCUCCUCAGCCCUUGAACUGAAGCCUUCGACUCUUGCUUAUGUGCCUAAAUAAAGGACACCAGUGCUUUUAAGUAUUUUAAGCCAUGGAGAUGGUCUUGCCAUCCAUGCAGUCCUCUCUGGCACUGGGGGUGCUGCCAGAAGAUGAACUUGUCCUGAGCCAAGCCUGGAAUCUGGACCUGGUGCAGAACUUGGUUUUAAAAAGAAUCCAAAAUAUUUUCCUGUUUUAGUUGCCAGCCCUUGGUCUUUCAAACAAGCACCAGGUCAGACACAUCUCAUGAGACUGGACAGAGCUGGAGGCACAGACCCCUGGCCAGGGCCAGUGUCCAGCUGGCUGGGUUCAAGCUGACCAGGCACCAAGACCAGAAAAUGAGAAGCAGCCUCCAAGUGAUGCUUUAUAAAGUGUGAGGAGCAAUUUCUGUCAUCCUUUCCCUCACUGGGGGGCAAACAAUAAAUGUGGCCAUGAAUAGCUGAUGGUCCAGGAAAGACCUCAGUGAGCUAAUCUGGGAGCUGCUCCCUUGGGAAUGUCCAAGGAUCCAUCAGGCUCUGGCUGACCUGGCUGUGCCUCUCACCCAUCUCGUGUCCUUUCUGGCUCCUGCAGAGCAUGGAGAGGAGGGAGGAUGGCUCCAGUGUCCUGGUUCCUCCUUGGAAGCAGCAGAGCCAGGGGGAGCUGUCACCUGCUGGGACCUGCACCCUCUGCUCAGGUAGCCUUUGAUCAUCUUGGUUGUGGAGGGGAAAUUUGAAGUUUUCCAAUGCCUCUGGCUGUGUCAUUUCCCCAGCACAGAUUUACCUUGGGCUCAUAAGGAGGAGGUGGGAUGGCAAUGGAAGGUGGGACACCUGGCUCAAGUGCAGUGCUGGUAUUGCCCUGGGUGAAGGCGUUGGACACAAAUGGGAUCCCACAAUGUCUGUAGGAAGUCUCCCUGUCCCGGGCUAGGG